AUGUUCCUAUACUAUAGCAAUAAGUGCAUGGUGAAAAAAAGUGUACCAUUUUCCAGCUGCAUUGCCAAUAUAUGUGUUUCCAGAAAGAUAGAAAGUGAGGAUGCAAUAAAAAGGCUAAAAACGUAUUAUAACUCAAAAUUUAUUUCAACCACUUCGGAAGAGCAUAAAACAGUAAAUGGCCAUGUUGACACUAACCAGUCUUCCAUUACAUUGAAAGGUCAUAAGGAGAAAACUAGUUAUAAAGACAUUAAGAUUAUAGAAAAUGAAAAGGAUGGAGAAGAUGCCGCUGAAGAAAUAAACCAAAAUGGCAUCAUUGCAGUAGAUUUCGAAGGAACAAAUUUAGGGAAAUAUGGAAAGGUAUGCACAAUGCAAGUUUAUACUGAAAAAGGAAACAAGGAAGAAAUGGAUCAUGACAAAACGUUUGAGAAGUUCUACAUAUUUGAUAUGCUAAAAAUAUCAGUUAUAAAAAGUGUAAAAAAGAUAAUUGAAAAUAAGAAAACGUUAAAAUUGGUGCAUGAUUGCAGGGAAGAUAGCUCAGCCUUGUACAACCAACUAGGAAUAAAAUUUGAAAAUGUUUAUGACACAUCGAGAGCACAUAUGCUCCUAAUGGAAAAGAAGAAGAACACUGAUAUAUAUCAAGUAAGUUUUUUCCAACUUUUAAACGAUUAUUUAGGAAUUAAGGAUGAAUGUUUAAGAAGUAUAAAGAAAGAAAUGUAUAAAAAUGAAAAAAUUUGGGAAAUUAGACCUUUAAGUAAAAUGUCGAUUAUUUAUGCCUUAAAAAAUGUGAAAUAUUUAUUCCCCCUUUACAGAAUUUUUGAUAAUAUGCUUCCAACAAAAAAAGUUUUGGAAAAAUCGAAAGAUUUCAUAAAUUACUGCUUUAUGAAUUCACGCUAUAAACUACCGGUCGAUUUGGCAAAAAGGGGAAAUAUUGUCGAAGCUAUGUUAGUAAGUAAAUCGAUGCUAAACUGCGUUUUUAAGUUAAAUAGCACAAGAAGAGGAAUUGCGUGUACCCCAUCAUCAGUUGCACAGUUCCGUGAUGUUAAGGUAGGAGAUGUUGUUUUGUGUGUGGUUAGUAACAAGUCAAUAGAUCAGAAAAUUUUAUAUUUAUGUAAACAUGAUGAUGUAUACGAUUAUUGGAAUUUGAAAGAAAGACCUAGGGGGAAAUUUAAGCCAUCAAUACAUGAAAGUGUUACCGAUCCGAUGAUUCAGUUCUGUGAUGAAGAGGGAUCAACUUAA